AUGUCCAUGUACGAAACACGAUUAAGCAAACUUCAUCGAUUGUUCAAAAAUCAAUAUCAUCAUACGGAACCAUCGUUAGUAUUAGAUCCAUAUUUGUUUCUUGGCAAUUGUAUAUCGGCACAUGAUGUUAAUCGUUUAUCAAAACUUGGUAUUCGUUACAUUCUCAAUGUAGCUAGUCGUGAUGUAGAAGUAUGUCCUUACUAUGGAAAAGAUUAUCGAACAUUACAAAUUGAUUUACGCGAUGAUGAACAAGAAAAUAUUUUACAAGUAUUAGAAAAAGCAUUUGCAUUCAUCGAUGAAGCAAAAUUAAAUAAAUGUCGAGUUCUUGUUCAUUGCAGUCAUGGUCAAAGUCGUUCACCAGCUAUUGUUAUUGCUUAUUUGAUGCGUACAUACAAUAUAUCGUUAGAACAGUGUCUAUCACAUGUUAUCAAAGCUCGUCCGUGUGUAUCACCGAAUGAUGGAUUUCUCAAACAAUUGAUAUUGUACGAUAAAUUAUUAAUGGAUAGAAAAGGGUAUCUUAGAAAUAGUCAUAAAAUACAGUCAAAUGCGACAAACGGUAUUCAUUCGAUUCGAAGUGUAGAUAGAGAUUUAGUAAAAAUUCCUGUUCAUCAUGAUCAACAACAACUAUCUCAAUUUAAUGGACCACCACCACUGACAAAAUCACAAUCAAAUGAUCAGCAACUUCCGUUGAAAACAGCCAAUUUUGGAGAUACAAUAGUAAAUGUGUCAGAACAAAAGUCAGAUGUUCAAGUUAUUCCCAUUCAAAUUCCAUCAAAAACUCAAAAUGUUCAAAGACCAUCACCUAAUAGUCCAAGACAGGAUGACGUUCAAAAAUUCCCGUUUAGAGAAGAUAAAAGUCUUCAGGAUUUACCAGAACAAAUGGCUGCAGCAAGUUUAAGAGAGACAAUAACACUAAAAGCAGCUCGUGUUCCAUCCCGUGAUGAUCUGUAUCCAGCUAAACGACAGUGCACAUCAAACGCACAUCUUUACGGUUAUGUAACACCACAAGUAUCGAUUACUGAAUAUUUUCCACAAAUUCCGUUCAUGCAUGAAAAUCGAGCAAAUUAUAUUACAGAAAUUUACGAUAAAGCAACAAACCGUUUUAUACCUGGAUAUUUCUAA